AUGGCUCCCUCAGUAUCAGAUGCUGCGGCCAAAGUCGCAGAUGUCGCCAACCCCAAGUCAUCGGCCAAAGACUACAAGAAGGAAUCCACGACAGCACGUAUGCUGGGCGCCGGUUGUGCUGGUAUCGCGGAACUUAUGGUUUUCCAUCCCGUCGACACCACCGCAAAGCGGUUGAUGAGCAACUACGGCAAGAUCACCACCGCCUCCCAACUCAAUACCGUCGUUUUCAAGGACAAGGCGGGUGCGUCGGUGGGAGGUCGUUUCCUGUCUUUGUUCCCUGGUCUAGGAUACGCCGCGGCUUACAAGAUUCUUCAACGUGUUUACAAGUACGGAGGUCAACCUUUUGCUAGGGACUAUCUCGCGAAGAACCACGGCGACAGCUUCGAUCGUACAUUUGGCAAGGGCAAUGGCAAGGCGAUAAUGCACGCGACUGCCGGAAGUCUUAUCGGAAUCGGCGAGAUCGUUAUUCUGCCAUUGGAUGUGCUCAAGAUCAAGCGCCAGACUAACCCCGAGGCGUUUAGGGGCCGCGGGCUCUUCAAGAUUAUUGCAGACGAGGGAUUUGGAUUGUACCGAGGAUGGGGCUGGACUGCUGCACGUAACGCGCCUGGGUCGUUCGCGCUGUUUGGUGGUUCCGCCGCCGCUAAGGAGUACCUCUACAAGCUGGAGGACUACAAUGCCGCUUCCUGGGGACAGAACUUCGUUGCUUCCAUCGCCGGUGCCAGUGCCUCCCUCAUCGUUUCCGCUCCCCUAGACGUCAUCAAGACCAGGAUUCAGAACAGGAACUUCGACAACCCCGAGAGUGGCUUCAAGAUCGUUUCCAAGAUGAUGCGCAAUGAGGGCUUUUCCUCGUUCUUCAAGGGACUGACCCCCAAGCUCCUUAUGACGGGACCCAAGCUGGUGUUCUCUUUCUGGCUGGCACAGACGCUCAUUCCCGCAUUCAACAAGAUGAUGUAAACGCGUUUGUCUAUGAGUAGACUUUUCACGAUGUACAAUAGUAGGGCUUUUGGACACAGGCGCCAACGGGGGGCUCGACGGAACAUCACCGGGCUGCGUUGCCUUUUCAUUAUACUGCGGGCUGGAUCUUUAAAAUAGCAAUGUAAUAACCAAAUCAUCUCUCCCUUCAUUUCACCUCAUCUUCCGCAAUAUGCUACUUGUGGAGCAGCCAUGCAACAAUACGUGUGGAUACCGUACAGGUACACCCGUGUGAAUUCGGACGGACAUGGAUACAUGUAGGGGCUCGACAUGACUGACUACUUAGUCAGGUGGGAUUCCCAAGAGUACAUAUGUACGUACACAUCUGAACCCUUUCGAUUCCAAAUACGUACACUGAUUGGUACCUUGAUAGUUACCUGGGUAGGUAUGUGUGCACGCAGGGAUCGAAUCACGUCAUAUUUCAGUGAAUUAUGUACACAUGCCCAGGUGUGCAUACCUAGGUAUAUUCGAACUGUUCAAAUCCACUAUCGAUAUCUAGAUUACUUCAAAUAUCUUAGCAUUCCAGUACCUGUAAUAAAUCCAAAUUCAAAGCCUAGUAGUCCACACAUGAUUUCGAGCUACAGACUGCUGAUAGUGAGAGUCUGGAUGACACUCGUUGAAAAAAUACAUGUAAGUGCU